UAACAUUUCCCUACCCCCACAGUUUGCGCAAACUAUCACUGUCAUCUGCACUUUCCAUCAUGAGGACACUUUUGAUCUGCUUUGUUUUAUUGUUCCAGCUCAUCGGAGCGGUCAGCACUGAAACACGUGAUCAAAUUCUGUCCAUCACACCGACAACACCGGUGCAAGUGGACAUCUUGAAGAAUAUCUCCACUCAAUAUGAGACUGCAUUGUGGCAGCCUGUACACCACCAGUACAUCCAAGAGGAAACGCAAGUUCACCUCUUUGUUCCUGCAAACAGCUCAGCGGUGGUCAAAGAUGUGCUGCAGCGAUAUAAAAUAACACAUGAAGUGUUAUUGGACAACGCCAAUGAGUUGAUCGAAAUGCAGAUGAGGAACGACACGACGGACCCUCGAAGCAGCACGUCUUUCUACGAGCGCUAUCACAGCCUGGAGGAUAUCUAUCAUUGGAUCAACAGGACAACAAAGGACAACCCCAACGCCAUCCAAACUAUUCUCCUGGGUUCCUCCUACGAGAAGCGCCCACUCUAUGCUCUUAAGUUGUCACUUAACAGUGAGAAUAAAAAAGCCAUGUGGAUCGACUGUGGGAUCCAUGCCAGAGAGUGGAUCUCUCCUGCCUUCUGCUUAUGGUUCAUACAAUAUGCCUUGGGUUUUUACAAACAAAACCAAGACAUAACUGACAUUUUGGACAACAUGGAUGUGUACGUCCUGCCUGUGAUGAAUCCUGAUGGAUAUCACUACACAUGGACUACAAACCGAAUGUGGAGGAAGAACCGGUCCAACAGAAGAGGCAGCUUUUGUGUUGGGGUUGACCUCAACAGGAACUUUGAUGCAAACUGGUGCACGGAGGGUGCCUCUGACGAGCCCUGCAGCGAGAUCUAUUGCGGUGCUUUCCCUGAGUCAGAGCCCGAAUCGGAGGCCGUCGCCAAUUUCCUGCGCAGUCACAAGGACACCAUCCAGCUUUACCUCACCAUGCACUCCUACUCCCAGAUGCUGCUCUUCCCAUACUCCUACACCUUGAAGGAGGCAGAGAACCACAAUGAUAUGAUGGAGAUGGCCCAGGAAGCUUCACAAGCCAUCAGAAGAUAUUACAGAAACAUGUACAAAUAUGGGGCAGGAGCCAAGACUAUAUACCUGGCUCCCGGUGGGUCUGAUGACUGGGCGUACAAUCUUGGCAUCAAGUAUUCCUUCACGUUCGAGCUGCAGGACCGCGGGCGCUAUGGCUUUCUUCUGCCACCGUCUCACAUUUCCGGGGCGUGCAAUGAAGCGCUACUUGCCGUGAAGGUCAUUGCUCAAAAGGUCAUCGAGAAAACACAAGCUUCAACUGUUUAAGCAGAGAUUAGACUGUGAUUGUUAUUUUGGAAAUUGUUCUGAAUGCUCAAAUGUAAAUGUCACAACUUCCUUAUCUUUCUCUGAAGUGUGUGACAAUAUGUGUUCAAAGCAAAUACAGUUUGAAUAGUUGCAUAACAUAACAGUGCAUAAACAACAUGUUUCCCUUUCA